UUUGGAAUCAUUUGAAUGGAGUCGCGUUAGCCACGCAGUGCUAGCUCCCAGCGCAGUUGAGCACACGCUGUGCAUUCCGCUCGCUACGAGCUCAUUUUAAUUCAUCAGCGGUUAGCAUUGACAUUUAGACAUGUACUUUAUACGCGUGUGGUUUAUUUCCGUCCACUCUACGACACAUUAUUAUUAUUAUUUUUUUUUUAAUCAAUUUGAACGAGAGACGGAUGAACGCGUGAAUGCGCACGUGAGCGUUUGCUAGCUACGCUAACAUGUUGGCGAAUGCACGCCGCGCCACGAAAUGAAGAGACAAUAGUUGUGGCAUACAUCGUUAUUAAUAAUUAUCGUGCUCCGACGGGAACAACGAACGGGACCGAGUCGGUGCGAAUGUGUCGCGUCGUGGGACGAGAGAAGUUCUCAUCAAUGGCUAGCACUCACUUUAGCUAGUGUCACAUCGCGCUGUCGUAACUGUUAAAACAGAAUGAAUGCAAAAUAUAGAUUUUAUAUUUGAGCUCGGAAAUUUCAGACGGGGCACUCUGUACUUAAGGAGAGUAGUCUCACAGAUACUUGUUUAAAAAAAUAAAAAAAAUAAAAAAAAAGUGGUAAAAGUGAAAGUUCGUUCAACGGCUCAAGUAAACGAAAACAUAUUUAAAACAUGUUGUUGUUUUUCUUGCUGUGAAUGAUAUACAAUACCCGGGGUAGUAACUUGACAUUUUAGCAUCCAACUGCAUGUUUUUUGUUGUUGUUGUUUUUUUUUUUAAAACACUCUGGCGCCACAUUUCAUUCAAAUGUAGCCCGUAAGUUGUCACGCGCGGCAUUUUAGUUCUAAAACAAAACUGGCUGGAUAAGUGAAGUGUCAAGUUCAUAAGUAUAGUCCUUAAUCACCAAAGCCUCUCAAAUGUCUUUUUGAGAUGAGACGGAGCAUUUUUGAACGCCAGAUGAUGCUGGUUUAAAUAACGUUAUGGAUGGGACUAUCUGUUGUGUCGUUAUCAUUAAUGAUCCCUGGUUCAAGUUACUGUGUUCCUUCAUUUAUCUGAUGUUCCCCCCCAACCUUAUACUGUAAAAAAAAAUAAACACCCACGGUUGAGGUUAUCACUCUCUAACAUCACAAUCUAUUUCCGUCUUUUUUAACGUUGUGCCGUCAUCUGCAGAAGUUGACAAAAGUAACAAGCCCAUUUUGACAAAGGAGAUGAAAGUACAGAUAUCCAUUUUCAAAUGUACGGAGAAAUAAUUAUAAAUCCUCAAGUACAAAUACUGUACGUUACUGUAAAUUAAGUACAGUCGCAAGGUACUGUAUUUGUUGUUGACGUUACUUCAUAGCACUGUAUUCAGUAUUUAGACAACUAGCUGUCUCUACGAACAUGUUGCGUACAUUUCCAUUAAGUUUCUAGCUCUUUAAUGUAUUCAUUAAUACAUAUUGUACGUGCUAUAUUGGUCUCGCUUAAUGAGACUCCCUCCCAAAGCGACUAACACGUGUGUUGAGAAGCGUAGAACCUCCUACAGUUGCUCCUAACUUCCCAUUUCGAAAGGUCUCCUUUUACUUUGGAAUGGGGAAACCGAGUUCCAGAAAGUUCUCCCGUGUCCUGCCACAUUAUAAUAUAUGGCCCGCAGUUGGCUGCAACUUUUUCACGUCACCUCGACGAACCGACAUGCAAAAUGUUCAAACUUUAAGCUCACUGUGCGGAUCGCUCGCCUGACGCUUGAAAAUUUUUGUACUUGUUUUUCAGAUAUAUUUACUCACGAGUUUCCACUUGUAACAUUACCUCCUGGUAUCAGCUGCAUAUCAAACCCCAUAAAAGAGUAUGUGUUUCAGACCAAUUUAAUUUUAUCCUCUCCUUCUGUGGUCAAGAGGUUUCAGAUGUCUGUUUUCAGAUGUCUGUCGAAGGCGUAAGGCUCCAUGUUGGAGUGCUGCACAGAUGAUUUGAACACAGUUUGUGGCCCUGCAGUUGCUCCUGGUCGCUGUAGGCGGGCCGUUGGACAGAAUUUGACUGAUUAAAAGAGUGUUUCGCCAUCCUAAAACUGAAGAGCACACAGCAUGACUGUGGCCAAUGAAAAGUCAGGCUCAGCCAUGCAGCAGGUUCUGGACAACCUGAAAGAGCUGCCCACAGGCUCGGUUGCCAAAGACAUCGACCUCAUCUUCCUCCGUGGCAUCAUGGAGAGCCGCAUUGUCCGCUCCCUCGCUAAGGCCCACGAGCGCCUCGAGGAGGUCAAGUUAGAAGCGGUGCGAGAUGACAACGUUCAGCUGAUCUCCGAGAUCCUGGACGCUCUCAACAAGCUCCCCGAAAAAGACGCCGCCACUGCCGAACUCACCCAAAUCCUUGGGGAGCCUCAUUUUAAGUCUUUGAUCGAGGCUCAUGACCAAGUGGCUGCGAAGUGCUACGAGGUGCCCCACGCCGAGGUGAACUGCACUGCAACCUUGGCGAGUUGUCUCAUGCCCGCCGACGCCAUCAGGAUGAUCGGCAUCCAGAAGAAAGCCGGAGAACCGCUGGGGGUGACCUUCCGCAUGGAGCAAGGGGAGAUGGUGAUCGCGCGGAUCCUGCACGACAGCUCCAUCGACCGCCAGGGCAUGCUGCACAUCGGCGACGUCAUCCGCGAGGUGAAUGGCUGCCAGGUGGGCGGCGACCCUCAGCAGCUGCAGGAGAUCCUGAGGGACUGCAGUGGCAGCGUCACUCUCAAGGUGUUGCCAAGCUACAAAGACUCGCCGGCCCUCCAACAGGUCUAUCUGAAGGCACAUUUCAACUAUAACCCGGCCUCAGACAACCUGAUUCCCUGUAAAGAGGCGGGCCUUGCCUUCUCCAAGGGAGACAUCAUGCACAUUGUGAAUAAGGAGGACCCCAACUGGUGGCAGGCACGCAGUGUUGUGGGCGGAACAACCGGCCUCAUCCCCAGUCAGUUCUUAGAGGAGAAGAGGAAAGCGUUUGUGAGAAAAGACUGGGAUCUGUCGGGUAAAGGGAUGCUCUGUGGAAAUCUCACGGCGAAAAAGAAGAAGAAGAAAAUGAUGUAUCUCACUGCAAAGAACGCAGAGUUUGAUCGCUACGAGCUGCAGAUCUACGAGGAGGUGGCCAAGAUGCCUCCCUUCCAGAGGAAAACAUUGGUUCUGAUUGGUGCCCAGGGUGUGGGUAGGCGGAGCUUAAAGAACAGACUCAUCGUCAUCAAUCCUCUGCGAUAUGGAACCACUGUGCCAUUCACGUCACGCAGCCCCCGAGAAGAAGAGCGAGACGGACAGAACUACUGUUUUGUGACGCGAAGUCAGAUGGAGCAGGACAUCAAAGACAGCCGCUUCCUGGAGCACGGCGAGUACGACGGCAACCUCUACGGCACCAAGAUCGACUCCAUCCACCAGGUGGUGGGGGCCGGCCGCACCUGCAUCCUGGACGUCAACCCCCAGGCUUUGAAAGUGCUGAAGACUGCUGAGUUUAUGCCCUUUGUGGUCUUCAUCGCUGCUCCUGAGCUGGACACCUUGAGAGAUAUGCACAAGGCUGUCGUGGAUGCCGGACUUACAACCAAACUACUUACUGAAAACGAUUUAAAGAAGACGGUGGAGGAGAGCGCCAGGAUCCGCCGCGCCUACAGCCACUUCUUCGACCUAACCAUUUACAACGACAACUUGGACAAGGCCUUCGACCAGCUGCAGGAGGCGGUCGAGAGACUAUUGGUGGAGCCGCAGUGGGUCCCGGUCAGCUGGGUCUACUGAUGGUAAACCCCCCCGUACCCCCCCGACCCCAUCCGACUGGACACUGAGCUGUCCCGAGCUGCUAUGUCUGCCAUGUGAACGAGGACACUGCACUGCACACUAUGCAAGUCACAGCACACAGGAAGUGUACUUAUUUAUUGGCAAACUCUUUUAAUAUACUCAUCGAAUGGAUUGGGAGUAAUUUUACGUUUUUAAUGACAAAAAAAAAAAAAGCAACGUUGCCAUGUCCUGUUAUUUAAUGUUACACUUAUGUAAGUUGUCUAUUUAUUCUGCUAAGGUAAUGAAGGGCUUGCUUAUUAAUGAUACCUCACCUCAGUGUUUGUGUUUACACUCUUGUCAUCUCAUUUGCCACUAUUUGUACUGUUGUUCUCCUAGUCGUCACCACCCCUCAACCAGGCUGCUUUUUUUUGGCCUCCGUUUCUCGUUAAGUGGAAAUUCAGUUGAAUUGAAGGCUCUGUCAUGGGAAGAGAAGCCAAUGUGUCCGUCAGCCAUUUCUCUUAGUUUGCCCAGCACAAGUCGCACGCGAACUGCGAACCUUGACGUUUCUCUCACUCCAUGUGGUGCUGCAUUUUACUUAACAAAAAAAAAAGACCUUUGAAUUAAACAGGGUGCUGUGUAUCAGUAAACCGUCCCUUUUGAUGUGAUCCCACUUAUACGGUAAAAAAAAAAAGACUUUUAAAAAGUGUAUUUUACUUAUUUCAGAUGUAUUUUCAGAUGUUUAAAUAAAUGUUUUUUUAAUUAAUGAA